AAAAGAAAAAAGGGCCAACCAAUUUCUGUCAAAUCAGUCUGUCCUCUAAUUCUCUUUUUUUAGCAUGUAUGACUGGCUUUAUUCAAUGGGGAUUAACAUUUGGUUAUGGAGAAAAGGGAAAGAAAAAUGAAUUCUUCUGUUAUAUCAAGAACAUAGCCUAUCACAUUAAAUGACAUGUCCAAAAAGGCCUGCAAAUAUUGACAAAAUAGAAUCCAACUUCUUCAUUUUCUUUUAUUUAGUGGCAUUGGAAAAAACUACCUUCCUUUCAUUUUUUCUUUUUUUUUUUUUUUUUUUUACUUCUUUUGUAUCAAAUUUGAUCAUGUUCUCUUCUGAUGGAAUUAGGACGAAUUCCAAUGACCACAGAAGAGGGGUCGUAUCAUCAUAAUUGGCAAGUCGGUUCACCCGAGAUAGUCGAGAUUGGAGAGGAAAGCACAAGCAUGGAUGGAGGUUUUAAUGAUGUUUAUGUUGCUGUUGGGAAAAAUGAUUUGCAUGCUGUUAAAUGGGCACUUGAUCAUGCUGUCUCCAGCGAAAAAUUGUGUUUUCCUUGUGCAUGUUUUCCAUCCUAUUACUUACAUCCCUGCUCCAGGUUCAAUUCAAAGGACAAAGUUCAAUCAUUCAAGAAUCGAAAGAGAAGAAUCCAUAUUCUUGCGUUUGGAAUCGUAGGAAGGCUAUCAAAGAGCCAAUUAAGCAAAGAGCAAGUGCAGGUUUAUCAAUAAGGAAAGUAACAGGAGAAGGAAUCUCUUAGGAAGAUAUAUUCGUCCAUGCAACGACACAAAAGUGUGUAUAGAAACUAUUCCAUGUGAAAUUCGAGUAGUUUUUUCGACAAAUUCCAAUUUAAAGUAUUCAAUUCGGAGCAUUCAAACGCAAAAAGAAUGAGUUUUUCAAUAUUUUGUUCACUGGUAACAGUAGAAACAAUGCUUGUGGAGAGAAAUGCAGCAGCCAAAGCAAUUAUUGAUCUGA